UCCGAUGGCAAGAACGCAGAGUGGAGCAUGGGACGGACGCUUUGCAUAAUCCUCUCCCCUAUCCUCGUCUCGCUUUGCAUAAUCCUCUUAUUAUUGUCUCGCCGAGAGGCGUCGCCCUCGUCCUCUUUCCCUGCCAUCCAUCCAUCCGGACACAGAGAUCGAUUCCUUCUUUUUGUUGGCUUCAGCCGCGCAAGGUCAAUCCGCCUCUAUGCCUACUAAUCCUCCGCCUCCGCCUCCUGGGUCUUCGUCUUCGGCUCCGGCGGGGGCCAACUAUUUCCCGCUCCCUUUCCACCUGCAGCAGCACCAGCCGCAGCCGCAGCCGCAGAUGCCGAUGGCGGCGAGCAGCUACCAGCAGUACCAGCAACAGCUGCAACAGGCGCAGCAGCUCUUCCAGCGGGACGCGCAGACCAUCACCCCCGAGGCGCUGCAGAGCGUCAAGGCUGCCCUCGCCACCAGCGACGUCCUCGACCCCGCCGCCGCCGCCAACGCCAGGCCCUCCGACCCCUCCACCAGCAAGAAACCCGUCCCUCGCCGCGCAGCCGGACAAUCCUGGGAGGACCCCACCCUCACCGACUGGCCCGAAAACGACUAUCGGCUGUUUUGUGGAGAUCUGGGCAACGAAGUUAAUGAUGAUGUUCUCUCCAAAGCAUUCUCACGGUUCCCCUCCUUCAACAUGGCAAGGGUUGUUAGAGAUAAGAGGACUGGCAAAACUAAAGGUUAUGGAUUUGUGAGCUUUUCAAACCCUACGGACCUGGCUGCAGCGAUAAAAGAAAUGAAUGGAAAAUAUGUUGGGAACCGCCCUAUUAAAUUACGUAAGAGCAAUUGGAAGGAGAGGACAGAUGUUGAGGCUCUAGAAAGACAAAAGAACCAUAUCCAGAGGAAGCCUAAAAUGCCCAAGAAGAGUAUUCUUCACAAGUAAAGCUAUAUUGGCCCUACUGAGGGUGACCCCUGCAGAGGAGGGCUGAUGGAUCAUGGAUGGUGCAGUGCUGCUGUUGCCUUGUGAAAACUCUAUUAAAGCAAUGCUGUUGCCUGUGAGGCGUGUCACGCUAUUUAGCAAGCAAUGUUCCAUCUGAUGACAGACAAGCUGGUGGUCACAUUUCUAGAGUAUUUGUCUGUUAACCUCUUUUGGUUGCUUAACGGCGUAUGUUUAAUCAGCUAUAACUGGAAUUGUAUUGCUAUCUGAUAUAAGCCUUUUCGUACUGCCCCUUUAAAAAAAAAAACCGUUCCUGCUGUUUUGAAUUGUGCCCGAAGCUAUGGCUAUAUGAAACAUCUCCUCUGAUUCAAA